AUGGGUUCAGUAACCAAAGAUGUCCACCGCCCUGUCAUCCACAACAUCCCAGCUCAAGGCAUCUCGUACUACACACCAGCGCAAGUUCCUCCCAGUGGCACUGCGAAAGACGCUCAGGUUCAUGGAGGUCCUCUGCCUAAGCUGUUUCGACCCUUGACAAUCCGCGGAGUCACGUUCCAUAACCGCAUCUUUCUCUCCCCUCUAUGCCAGUACUCAGCGCAACGGGGCUACGUAACGGACUGGCAUCUGACACACCUGGGCGGUAUAAUUCAGAGAGGCCCUGGGUUGGCCCUCAUGGAGACAGCAGCCGUCACACCCACGGGCCGAAUCACUCCCGAAGACAUUGGCUUAUGGGAGGAUGGCCAAAUCGGGGGACUGAAGCGUAUUGUCGAGUUCGCGCAUAGCCAAGGCCAGAAAAUCGGCAUUCAGAUUGGACAUGCCGGCCGGAAAGCCAGCACAGUCGCCCCUUGGCUGAGUGAAAACGACAUGGCGGUUGAAGAAGCUGGAGGCUGGCCGGAGGAUACUGUCGCACCAAGCGCAAUUGCCUUUGCAGAUUCAUAUCCCCACCCAACCGCUCUGACCAAGGAAGGAAUUGAAGACAUCAAAAGGGCGUUCGCUGACGCUGCUAGGAGAGCCGUCAGGGCCGGAUUCGAUGUCGUCGAGAUCCACAGCGCCCACGGCUACCUUUUGCAUCAAUUCCUCAGCCCCGUGAGCAACAAGCGCACAGAUGAGUACGGCGGAAGCUUUGAGAACCGCACACGACUGACUCUCGAGGUUGUGGAGUUGGUCCGCUCUUCUCUGCCUCAGGACAUGCCUCUUUUCGUCCGAGUCAGUGGUGACGACUGGCUUCGACAUGAGUCAGACAUAUCUGAGAGCUGGACCAUUGAUCAAACGGUCAAGCUUGCAUCUCUGCUGGCCCAGGAAGGCGUCGACCUUAUAGACGUCAGCUCAGGCGGCGUUCACCCUAACCAAAGGAUCACUAGGGGACCAGGCUAUCAAUCUCACUUCGCUAAGACCGUGAAGGCGGGUGUCGGAAACUCCGCAGCCGUUUCUGCUGUGGGCACCAUUACCAACGGACCUUUUGCGGAGCAGCUUCUUCAGAACGGGUUGGAUACUGUCUUUAUUGGGUGA